AUGUUAUCUUAUUCCGUAUUUAUUCUAUUAAUUCUCACGCCAAGCCAUACUAAUAAGGUUAGGUUGAGAAUACACCAUACAAGGAGAUUAAUUUCUAAACUUGUUAAGUGGUAUGCUAAUGAAGAGGUUGAUGGAGAGGUAACUGAGAUGAAUUGUUUACCAAAGUGUUGUAGGACACGAGGUGAAAUAUGUAUAUGUGAGCACAAAGUAUCUGACCCCCCUGCGAUUGUGGAUCCAAGUGAAUUAGAUAACUACAUUAAUGAUGAUGAUGUCCAAUAUACUGGUUUUAUCGGGCCUAAUGUUGAAGUGAAUGAUCCUAAUAUUGAAGUGAAUGAGCCUAAUGUUGAUUUGAAUGAUGAAGAAGUUGAAGUUAAUGAGCCUAAUAUUGAAGUGAAUAAUGAAUAA